UCAACCUUGUGGACAUGAAAAGCUUCUCCAUAACCAAACUUCUUCUUUGAUCGCUGUCCUCUUCUUUCCAGGCGGAGAAAUGAUCAACGGUGCAGCCAUAGAUUUUUUGGACUUGCAACCGGAUUUUGUGAUGCAUUCUCAGGUCCAGAAGCUCUCCCCCGCAGCGAGCCCGGUUCACAGCCUGCAGAGGUCCAUGUCGAAGAUAGAUCCCGAGGUACUGAAGAACAUACUCGGUGCGAGGAUGACGGAGAGGAAGACUUCCGAUAAUUACCGGUUUGCGCCGCCGGCAGGCGGCCAGACGGCGAACUCAUUCUUGCCGGUGUUCCACUCCGCAACCAACGGUUUUCCGUCCGAGAGCCCGCCGGCCACUGCUCCCAUGACAAUCUUUUAUAAUGGGGUGGUCACCGUCUUCAACGUUCCAUCUGACAAGGCAGAGAAGCUCAUCCAGUUCGCGGCCGCCGGAAAAACGGCGCCGAGAGGAACCAUCGGAGCUCCGACUCGCUUUGCCUGCCCCGGGUUCGCUUCAAUUGCCUCCGUCGCCGAUGAGGUCCCGAUGCUUGACGGGCUAACCAAUGACCUGCCCAUUGCGAGAAGGAAGUCACUGCAGAGAUUUCUAGAGAAGAGAAAGGGCAGGUAAUUGCCGGGGCCUUAACUAACCCUCACUCUCAAGAUCUUCAGGCUGACUUCGGCAACACCUUACAGCCGCGACGGCGAGCCCAACGACAAGAGCUUCUUGGACGCAGCACGCGCUUAGAUCGUAGGGGAUAAUAUACAUCUAACAUCUUAGCAAGUGUUACAGAUUAUGAGAUAAUGAUGAAGAUGAUGAUGACGACGACGACGACGACGACGACAACGUUCACAUGAAAGAAUAGUGGUGAAUGUUGAAUGGUUUAUUUUGUUUAUGUAGCAAUUAGAGAUAUGUAUUAGGAAACAUCUAUGUAUUAAGAUGUAUCACCUGACUUUCAUGAGAAAUUGGUU